AUGGGUGAGCUCCAGGAACAACCGCCGCCGGUCUCUGGCCAAGGCGGCAAGCCAAUCCAGGGCAGUCUCGACACUGCUGGCAUGCCCCCCCCAGCGUCGGCAUCAGCCCAAGACCAACAGAAAGCGCCCGAGCUGGCAGUUCCGACCACGACAGGCCAGGGAAGGGUACCAUCGCAAAAUGCGUUCGCCUCUCAUCCCGUUCAUCGCGAUGCAAUGUCUCCGCCUCAGCCAACUCCACGGUCAGGUCCUUACAACAUGAUAGCCAUGGCCAACGCUCUCCCGCAUGAUCCAUACAGGGGAGGGGGCCACUAUCCCUCUGGAGCCCAUCAUCACUACAGCCCAUCCCAUUCAGCAUCGGGGAUGCGACACCCGCCUCAGAUGCCGCCGUACGGGGCAGCACCGCCGAUUCCCCUGAUGGACCACGGGUACUAUGCUCAGCAGCCACCGCCGCCGCCGCCGCCGCCGCCGCUGCCGCCAAUGGGACAGUACUAUGGGACUGGCCAGCCCCAAUCUUCGAUCCCCCCGAGACAACCCAUGCCAUACUACCCGAACCACAUGGUCAUGACCCACGCUCAACCGGCCUAUUAUUACCCGCAAGCGGCUCCUUACGGUGCUGGGAUCCCUGGAAUGACGCCUGUGGUGCAUCUCUCCCAGUACAUGGCUGGCGGUGCGGCUAUGGGGAGCAACACUCGACCGUCCGGACAAGUGCCUGCUCCGGUCUCACCUCAGCCUGAUCGGCAGCGGCAGGCCUCAGAUCCCGGCGAUAAGAAAAAGGGUGCAGUGCGUGGUCCACCGCGCAAGCCUCGUCAGAGUGGUCAUGCAAUUUGGAUCGGGAAUCUUCCUCCACAGACUGAGCUAAUGAGUCUGGUGCAACAUGUGUGCAAGGAGGCCCCGGGGCUCGAGUCUCUCUUCUUGAUUUCCAAGAGCAACUGCGCCUUUGCCAACUACAAGGACGAGGCAGCUUGUGUCGAGGCACAGCAGAGGCUUCACGACUCAAAGUUCUACACGGUACGACUGGUCAGUCGACUUCGGAAGAGCACGGUAGAAAGCGUGAGCGGAGCAACGGCACCGACAGGGCCGUUGUCGACGGCGGCAGCUACGCCGACGGUACAUGAUUCGAGCGAAGAGUCAUCGAGUCUGUCUCACCUCCAGGAGAGUGGCAGCGCAAGCCCGGUUGCGACUUCAGAGCCGCCGUCGCAGCCGCAGAGCCCUGCACCGGCUGAUGCGGCAGGUCCCAAGGACAGAUUCUUCAUCCUCAAGAGCCUGACAGUCGAGGACCUAGAGCUCAGCGUCGACACAGGAAUGUGGGCAACGCAGUCCCACAACGAACAGGCGCUGAACAGUGCAUUCAAGCAAGCGGAGAAUGUAUACCUAGUCUUCUCGGCCAACAAGUCUGGAGAAUACUUUGGUUACGCACGCAUGGUUUCCGAGAUCAACGAAGACCCUACAGCGGCCAUUGAGUUUGCCCCGACGUCGCAGGCCGUGAGCGAUGUAGACCUGCCGAAAGCGACCCCCACCGAGGCGAGCGAACACGUACCAAAGGGGCGAAUCGUCGACGAUUCUGCCCGAGGCACCAUCUUCUGGGAGCUUGAAAAGGAGGGCGGCGUGAGUGGUGGUGGUGGUGGUGGUGGUGGCGGCGGCGGCGGCGGCGGCGCCGAUGCAGGUGAUGGUAUCAUGUCGGAAAGUGAAGAUGACACGGCAACAAGCACCAAGGAUGGUGGAGAGGGCGACGAUGAAGACAAGCCACAGACGUGGGGCAAGCCCCUCAAGCUAGAGUGGAUUUCGACAAACAGACUUCCGUUCUACAGGACUAGGGGACUCCGGAACCCGUGGAACUCAAACCGCGAAGUCAAAGUGGCCAGGGAUGGGACGGAACUGGAGACGACUGUUGGUCGGAAGCUUGUCGGACUGUUUAACCGACCAGGGGGUACAGGACAGCAGCAGUCUGUGCAGCAGUCUAUGCGGUCCCCUUCUGGCCCUCCCGGGGGCAAUGCUUCUCGGGUACGAUACAUGUGA